AUGAGUGAAGCUGACGAACUACGGGGAGGGCUCAAAGACUUGGAGAAAGAAAAAGAAGAAUUGGAUCGUCGGCUUAGGCCUAACAACCUCUUUGGACUUCUUGAUUGCUGUCAUGACUCUCUCUCACUGCCAAUUCAAGUCCAGCCAAAAGCAAGGCUUACAACGGAAAAUGAAAUGGACCCAGCUAGACGAUUAGUUCCAAUGCGCAUCAUCCCAUGGCAUGACUUUCCCCGGUGCCAGGAGGAUAUAUGGAAGAAAAUUGAGAAUGCAUCAGACUUUACGACAAGGCCUCUAUUUGCCUCGAAAGUGAUUGUGGAAUUUAUGGCCAGAAAUGCCAGGAAUAUAAGCAUCUACUCGGAAAAUUCCUUGGAAAUCUUUGAGAAUAACACAGUGGAUACAUUUCUCGAGACGAUUCUAAUGGAAAUGCGAGCUGAUGAAAAUCUCAGACGAGAUUUAUGUAUCAAAGGACAAGUUGACUUUGACGGUCAAACUACUGACGACUGUUUGACGACUUUUGUGGAAGGCUCUCAAAGCAUACGGGCGAUCAAACGCUUGGGAAAACGACGGAACAUACGUUCCGAUCAGUUUCAUGUUCAAGCUCAUACUGGAGAACAAAUAGUCCCAGUAUAUGCUGUUGAGUUCAAGUCGCCCCACAAACUCACGGUGCCCGAAUUGGUUGCCGGGCUACAUGAGAUCCAUCCAGUCCGUGAAGUCAUCGACAAGAAGGGCACCGCCUUCAAAUUUCAUGCCACUCGCCUGGUCACUGCUGUGAUCACUCAAAUAUUUUCCUAUAUGAUCGACACUGGGGUGUCAUACGGGGUGAUUCGCACUGGAGAAGCAUUUGUAUUUCUCCAUAUUCCUGAAGAUCCCACGACAGUGAAGUACUACCUCUGCGUGCCAAAUCAAGAUGUUCAACCCGAGGACAAAUACCGCCUCCAUCGAACAGCGGUAGGGCAGAUGCUCGCAUUUACACUUCAUGCAAUGACCGCCGGGCUUCCUUCCCAAGACUGGCAUGAUGCAGCAUAUAAAAAUCUUCCUACCUGGAAGGUUGAAUUCAUGAAUGUGCUACGAGACAUCCCAGAGCUGUUUCGUCACUAUCCACCAAAACAAGCGUACCGACCAACCUGGAAACUUGUUCAGGCGGUAUACAACACUCGUGCCCGAGGUCGAAAGUCCGAACCCCCAAUACAGAAUACCAGAUCGUACUGUACUAUGAAAUGCAUCCGCGGCGUAGUCACAGGAGAAUCCGUGGACAGGAAGUGCCCAAAUGCCAGCGAGCAUGGCAAAAAGCAUCGCAUCACUCCCCGAGAGUUCACACGCAGACUGCAUAGCCAACUUGAAGAAAACCGAAGCGAGGGAUUCGAACAACUCCACAUCCGCGGUCGAACGGGAUUCAUUAUCAAAGCGACAUUAUUGUCGCACGGGUAUACUGUAGUCAUCAAAGCUACGACAUCCGACAAAGACCAUUAUGUGCAAACCGAAGCCUGCACAUAUUUCGAGCCUCGCGUCUCAUAUUGGUAUCAUGGCCAGUUGAUGGCUCAUAUGAUGAUUCUCAGCUGGUCUGGGCAUCGGAUUCAGCAGAUUAUCAAUGAGGAGAACAGCCGUUUCUUCUAUGCCGAGCGAGAGAAGGUAUUAAAGAUACUCGAAUCACAUGGGGUUUUUCAUCGAGAUAAGGCGUGGCGGAACAUGUUAUGGAAUGAGCAGGCUGGACGCUUGGUUGUUAUUGACUUGGAAGAUGUGAAAUGGCUGGAGUACACGCGCCCUUUUUGGGUUGAGAUAUAG